GCGUCGAGAUACUCCCGUUAUGAAUCUGACCGCAGGUCAAGGUCCCCGAGAGACCGCUCCCCGGACCGCUUCGACGCUGAUAGGCGCCGCCCCUCGAUGGAUUUGAGGUCCAACUCUUCGACAUUUCCUCCAGGCCGCGACUCCUUCGCCGACGGCUCCAGGAGAGAGCCACCCAGGGGUCCCAGAGCUCUUCUGGCCGACCCUCCCAGCGGUCCAAGGGGAGGUUUCGGGGGCGAUUUCCGAGGACGUGGCCGCGGACGCGGACGGCCUUGGCCCUCCCGCGACGACAGCAGGGACCGGGGCCGGGACAGGGAUCUCGACUUUCGUGACCGUUAUCGCGACGACAGAAGCCGGGAGCGUGACCGCGAUCGCGAUCGUGACAGGGAACGUGAUCGUGACCGUGACAGGGACUGGCGUGAUUCCUAUAGAGCACGGCGAUCUCCUCCUGGCCGCCCCCGGUCGCCUGCCCGCGACUUCCGCGACCGAGACCGAGAUGUCGCCCCAGGCCUCGACCUUGACAGGCCGCGUCGAAACUCCAGAGAUGGCGCGCCCCUGGCUGGACUAUCGCCCGCCUCGGACUCGCAUUUCGGGGGACCACCCACUCGUGGUGGAUUCGGUCGCGAUCGUGGUCGCGGUCGUGGAGGAAGAGGUGACUGGGGCCCCGACCGGAACCGCGCAAGGAUCCCCUACGACGACAGAGGAGAUCGUUACCCCCGCAGUCGCUCCCAGGAGGGGCGAUGGGCGCGUGAGCGUGAUGACCGAGACAGGGGUGACCGCUACCCAGACACUGACGCCAGGCGAGACCCGCGUGACGACCGUGAUCGCCCUCCCGGAGACCGGGACUUGUUCCGGUCCAAGAUGGAAGCUCGCACUCCCGCUCCUCCCGAACCGGCACCUCCAGCCAAAGAGGUAUCGCCGCCGCCCGUCGCACCGUCCGCACCAGCCUUCGGGUCUGUGCCCAAUCGAUCCGACGGCCCCUCCGGUCCUUCCGGUGCCGCCAAGGUCCCUCCCACCGCCCCGAGGGCGUAUGGUGAUCGCCAAGGCUCGGCUCAGGAACCUCCCAGCGCCGCGUCAGGUCCCGACAGUCCAGCCAUACCCGUGGGACCUCGAGCUCAGCAGCAGAAGGCUUUGCGCCCCUCGAGCAAGCAGUGGAUUAACCCCAACCUUAAGAAGGCCCCGGACUCGCCCAAGAUGAUGAGGGCCCAGCCGCAUCCCCAGUACCGGCCUGGUAUGCCGACCGACCAGCCUCUAGAUGACAGGCGGCCUCGAAGUAGCGAUUCCAAGGCCGACGUUGACCACCACGCCGAUGCCACCGGUGGCAGGCGCUUGAGCCAGCAGAGCGCGGAGCCUGGAGAAAUCAUGGCCAUAUCAGAGGAGGAGACUUCGCCGGUCAGGCCCUCACCCGCUAAGCCCUCGCCCAUCAGGCCGGAACUCGAGGAGAGGAAGAAACGUCCCGGCGUGCCUGAGCAGCAGCAUCAGCAGCCGGAGACUGACCGUCCGUCCGGACCGGCGCUGCCGCCACCCGCCAAAAACGACGAGGUUUCCCAUAUGCGCCCCGCAUUGGCAGACCAGGAGAAGAAGGUGAAGAAGCUCAAGACUGAGGAGUCACCGGCGCCACCUGUCCGCCAGAGGAGACCGCCGGUGGUGAAGGCUGUCCGGUUUGCCGUGCCACCCCAGAGCGAGGAACCCAUGGACCAGGCAUCCGAGUCCGAUGACGACGAGGACAUGGCCGACUACUUCAACAUGGAGAUCGACAAGACGCAGGCUGAGCUCAGCAAGCUGCACAAGCCUAAGCUGCCUCUUGAGGUGGUUGCCCGCUUUGCGUCCAUGUCGCAUGGCGCCAUGGUCAGGAUACUAAACGACGGAGAAGGGCUGGUCAAGAUGAUGGGCGAGGUGCCCGAGCCUGUUGCCGAGCCUAUUGCUGCGCCUGAUCCAACGCCUGAACACGCCCCUGCUCCCGCUCCUACUGCCGAGCCCGCCGCCGAGCCCGCUCCCGCUCCUACUGCCGAGCCCGCCGCCGAGCCCGCUGCCGAGCCCGCUGCCGAACCCUCACAGAAGGUCCAAGAAAACGAAGCGUCUCCAGCUCCGGCUCCAGCUCGGGAAUUUCAAGGGAAGGGACCGUCCCCGGCUCCGACUCCGGAACCGUCUCUCAAUCUGAAGGUCCAGGAGAAGGAGCCAUCUCCUGCUCCUAUUCCAGUCGCCGAAGAGAAGGCCGAGGAGAAGGUACAGAAGGAGACGCAAGAAAACGUCCAGGAGGAGACCCGGGAGGAAGAAGUGUCUCCCGUUCCAGCCCCUGCUCCAACCCCUGCUCCAGCCCCUGUUCCUGAAGCUGUUUCUGAUACUGUUCCCAUGGAGCAGGAUCCCGUUCCCGACGCGACCUCAGAGGAUGAUGACACGGACAAGCAGCAGCAACUGCCGACUGAGAAGGUCGAGCCGGAACCUACUGAAGUGGCCAAGGAGGAGCCCGAGGCAGAAUCCAGGCUCGCAAAGUUGGAGAUUAAGCCUGUCGGUGAUGCCAUGGAUGUCGACGAUGAAGACCCCACCGCGGAUGCAGAGGCGCCGCUGCCUGUACCUGCGCCAGAGUCGGCGCCGGAGCCAGCCACGGAGCCAGCCACGGAGCACACCCAAGCCACGGAACCAGCGCCAGCUGCUGCUGACAAGCCACACGAGGAGAAGACAGCCCGUCAGCCUCCAGCAGGGAAGGCAACAGAGCAGGAGGAAAAACAAACCGAGAAGCCUGAAACUUCACAGCCGACAAAGUCCUGGCCGACCUUUAUAUCUACGGGUAAGCGGGUGGGUGAGCUUCCGACCGCAGAACAAAUACUGCCCAGGUCGAUCUCCUCAGCACCCUUGGAGACUCCCGACACUGGAUCUAAGCUGCCCAGCACACCGUCGCAAGUCGAAGACGAAGGGGACGAUGACGAAACUGAAUCUGAUGAGGAAGCCUAUGUUGACGUAGAGAACGUUCGUCAAUACGCCGAUACGCCGCCAGUCAAUAGCCUCCCCGACCUGAGCUCACAGCCCUGGCACGAUGACAGAAAUCUUCUCUCGACCUUUGACAGUGACCCAGCAGUUGACGACUACAUUCUCCAACAUCUCCAGACCAUCCACCUCGAGAAGACGACGGAGCAGGAAAAGUUUCAGAAGAAGUACGCCGACAACUAUAUGCAGUACCUCAAGUUUGCCCAAUCGAACGACCCUGCUGCUGCAAAGGGCCGGGACAAAUCUAGCGGAUCUUCCCUGCAGCCCGCUGUGCCACCGACCCCGGAGCCUAGAUCCGAGGGCAGGAGUGGACGACGGUUUGGCUCCGAGCGCGACCUGGAGCGGGUGCUGCAGGCUUCGAUGCGCGAGGCAGAUGAGAUGCGAGAGAGGGAGGAGAGGAUACAGAGGGAGAAGCACCGCGGUGACAAGGAGGCCGUCAUUCCCGAUAUGUACUGGGACGACGAGGAGAAGCAGGCGGUGCACUACAUCGACCACAGCGGCUUCACCCCUACCAACCGCCUGGUGUCGGCCUGGCGGGUACUGCCGCCCAUCAACAACUUCACCGAAGAGGAGGCCGAGCUGUUUGAGAAGCGCUACCUGGAGAUGCCGAAGCAAUGGGGAAGGAUUGCUGAGGCCAUCCCCAACCGGGACUUUGGUACCUGCAUCCAGUACUACUACCUCCGCAAAAAGGACCUCAACCUCAAGGACAAGCUGCGGAGGCAACCUAAGAGGCGCAAGAAAGGCGGACGUGGCAAGCAGAGGUCCAGCGCUCUGGUGUCGGAGCUUGGAAAUGCCGAGGCCGAGGGAGAGGACCACCACCACGAGGCCGGGGAGAAUGGAGAGAGCCGCCGGCGCCCACGCCGAGCCGCCGCGCCAACAUGGGGCUUCGAGCAGCCACCGGCGGAUAGCGAGAGCGGAACACCGGUCAGCACACCUGGUCGCCGCGGAGGCUCCGCCGCCAAGGCCGACGGGACCGAGAAGGUCGACGGCCGUAGGGGCAGGAGAAAGGGCGCCAAGGACAAGGAGGCCAAGGCGGCCAAGCCCAACCAAGCACUUGCUGCCACCGCUCCGGGCGGUGCGGGAACGGGAGCGGGAGCUACGGCCGCCACCUCCAAGUCCCGGGGCCGGCCCGAUAACAAGGGGACAACGGCAACCGACUUUCAGCAGGCAAUGUCAGGGGAGAUCCACCGUCUUCCGGCACACCACGAGCAACAGAAGCAACACCAACAGCUCCCACAGCAGCCGCAGAAAAGAGCGCAGCAGCAGCCACCACCACCACCACCACCACCGCCGCCGCCGCCGCCGCCCACGGGUAUCCAAGUGCCAUUUUCCAUUUCCCAACACCAGCAUCAGCCACCCCAAUUACAGCAACAGCAGCAGCAGCAGCAGCAGCAGCAGCAGCAGGCUCAGCCUCCACCUCCACCUCCGCCUCCUCCUCCUCCUCCUCCUCCUCCUCCUAUGCAGACCAUGGACCGCGUUCCUACCCAGCCGCCUCUAGGCCUACCUGCUGGCACCAUUGCCGACGUCAUAGCUGCGCCGCCCCUAAGGCCGGAGCCGCCACAGCAGCCGCAGCAGCCGUCCAUGACGACUUUCAACCUGGCACAGACGGGACAGCCCGAACGUAAGGCUCAGGCCCAGGCAUCUAGUUACUGGAGUGUGUCUGAGUCGAAUGACUUCCCACAGCUACUCAUGGCGUUUGGCUCCGACUGGACGGCCAUUGCCAACCAUAUGGGCUCCAAGACGGCUGUCAUGGUCAAAAACUACUACGUAAGGCAAAAGGACUCGGGCAAGGUAGAGUUGGAGGAUAUCAUCCGGGACGCCGACGCCAAGCGGUCGCGUGGUGAGAAGAGACCGGAUCCCCCACAGCCGUCGACAGGCGGACGAGGCAGGAGAUACGACUCGGCAGCAUCCAGUACUUCCAGGCCGCUGGCAGCAGCACCUGGAGCGUUGGAGCUUGCUCCCGAGCCGGUGCAGGCAAAGAGGGAGGUCUCGAUGUCCAGUCAGCAGCCCCCACGGGCGCAGCCGUACCCCGGAUUCGGAGUCCCCAUCGCACAAGCGCCGUCUCAGGUGCCGCCGGCGGGUCUGGCCGGCCAAAAGCCUCCGCUGCCGGUGCAACCCCAGCCGGCUGUGGUAUCGCAGUCCAUGUCACCUGCGGCGCAGUCCCUGCGUGCUCCUCCUUUGGGGCCGUACGGACUCGCUGAGCGCGAGCAGGACCCGGGCCCGCCGCCGCGCCAUGUCCACGCCGACAUGCCGCGACAUAUGCCGUCGGCUGGGCCACCGGCUCCUCACCCGGAGGUGCACAAGAUAGAGAUGGAAAUGAUGCAGAAGCAACAACAACAGCAGCAUCAACAACAACAGCAGCAGCAACAACAGCAGCAACAGCAGCAGCAGCAGCAGCAGCAGCAGCAUCAACAACAACAACAACAACAACAACAACAACAACAACAACAACAACAACAACAACAACAACAACAACAACAACAACAACAACAACAACAACAACCACAACAACAACAGCAGCAGCAACAGCAGCAGCAGCAGCAGCAGCAACAGCAACAGCAGAAGCAACAGCAACAGCAGCAGCAGCAACAGCAGCAGCAGCAGCAACAGCAGCGGGAGAUGGAGCAGCGAGAGAGGGAAAGGGAGGUAGAGAUGGAGUUGCAGCGCGAGCGCGAUCUCGAGAUGAUGCGCCAGGCUGAGAGGCAGUCGCUGCGGGCUAAGCAGGAGUCUGAGAUAGCGUCUCGUCACUACGAGGCCUACGGAGGACAUCACCGCCAGCCGAGCUACCCCUCGCCCAGGGACGUGGCGAGGGGCGACCCGCUGUCGCUCUCGAGGCACCCUCAGGAGCCGCCGCGUCACGGCGGUCCCCAGCCGUACCCGACGGCACCCCAGCCAUCGCACACUCCGCAGCCGUACAGGAGUCUCCUGGCAGACCCGCCGCCUGCACAGUCGCCGCCGCCCCUGGCGCCACCCAUAUCCCGGCCCAUGUCGGCACUGCAGCACAGGCAGUCGGGCUCCAUGUCGGACAUUUACCAGGCCCCCGCGCCGCAGCCGUCGUCGACACCAGUGCAGGCCUCGUCGGGCCUGCCACCUCCUCGACCUGCUGAACCUAGAAAGUCCAACAUCAUGUCGCUUCUCAACGAUGACCCUGCCCCGCCGUCCAAGCGUGUCAACGACGUGUCCACACCUCCACCGCAAAGCAUGGGCCGAGCACCGCCGCCGCCUCCUAUUCAACAGAUCCAGGCGCCAGCCCCCUCGCACCUGCGGCGGGACUCGGAGGUGCAGUACGCAUCGUCCCCCUACAGCCGGCCGCCGUCGACGGCGGCCGUCGCCAUGCCGUCUCUCAAGCCGACGGCGUACAGCGCGUCGCCCGGACCGGGAUCACGCUCGUCUCUGGGCAUGGCCGUCGAGUCGCCUUCGUCAUCUUCAGACAGGGACUACUUCCGCGCUGCUCAGGCGUACCCACCCCCGCCGCCGCAGCACCCGUCCAUCAGCCGUACCGACUCGCCUGCCCAGGCAGCGCAGCAUCGGUACGCGCCACCGCCGGCACCCCCGCAGGCCGGGCAAGCGCAGUACCAGGCUCCUAGCGGGUACCCGACGCCCUACGGCUCUGCGGCAUCGCAGCCUCCACCGACCCACGCCUCGUCUCCUCCGCCGGCAUUCUCCCUGCACGGGAACCCAGGCCCGAGGUCCCGAGAGCCACCAUCUGCACGGGACUCGUGGCCGCAGCAACCUCAGCAGCAGGCUGGUGGUGGAUCGUGGUCGUCGCAGCCCAAGGCCUCGGGCACAUGGGCCUCGCACCCCAACCUCCGCGACGAGCGCGUCAUGUACGCCUCCCAGCAGCCGCAGGGACGGUACGCGCCACCGCCACCGCCUCCGUCAUCCAGACCGGCCGACACGGUGCCGCCGGCUCAGGCCUACCCACGCUACGCGUCUACCCCUCAGCCCCGAGAUCCGCGCGACAUGGCACCUGCUAGAAGCUACACGCCAGUUGGGUACGAUGGCAGAGCGCCACCGCCAUCCGGUCCCGGUCAGGGGUACCCUCCCCCCGGUGGUCCGCCUGAUCCUAGGGAUCUGCAGCUCAGAGAUGGGAGGGAUCCUCGCGACGUAUUGACUAGGGGACUCAGGCCGCAGGAGUAUGACAGACAUCCUGAUCCAUAUGGGCGAUAG